UCCAGUCCGGCUCGGAGCUGCGGAGAGGCGGACACAGGAGCAGCGCGAGUCCCCGGGGACGGGCAGGGCUCCAGCGCCGGGGCCGCGGCCGGAGCCUGCAGCUGCUGUGACCGGGUUCAGAGGCUGCGGAGGCGGGUAGAGGCGCACAGGACGCGGCGGUGGAGCUGGAGGUGAUGAUGGCGCUGAACCGAGUGUCGCGUCUCUGCCACGAAGUUACGCGGCUCUGGAUCCAACUCAAGAUCUGCACAGACGAGUUGGUCCAGGAUGAGUCUCUUUGUGCCGCUCACAUCGGCUCAGAACUUCAGAGACAAUUCGCCUUCAGACCAGGGGGGCGGGGUCUGAGUGGAGGACCAAUCAUCAUUUUCCCAGAAUUCCCAGAUUUCCACGAGAUUCAAGAAGAAGAACUUCACCAUGUUCUCACCUACCUCACCUCCAUACACAGGACGGCGUCUGGAGGUCUGGGCUUCAUCCUGGUCAUCGACAGACGACUGGACCGAUGGGCGGCGGUCAAGAGCACCCUGCUACGGAUCGCAGAGUACUUUGGGACAGGACAGGUGCAGUCUGUGCUCGUCCUCAGACCCACGACUCUGCUGCAGAGAACCCUGUCAGACCUGCUCUUCAAGUUCAACCGAGACGACUUCAGGAUGAAGGUGGUGAUGUUGAGCUCGGUGGCAGAGCUUCACGCUUACAUCGACCCGGGACAACUGACCACGGAGCUGGGAGGGCAUCAGGAGUACAACCACGAGAGCUGGAUCUCCCACAGGACGGCGAUCGAGGCGUUCGCUCUGAUGGUGACGACCACGGCUCAGGCGUUACAGACGUUUGGGGCGGAGCUCGCGGAGACGGAGCUGCCCAAUGACGCGGAGAGCACCAGCGCCCUGCUGAGCGCUCACGGGCAAAAGAAGGACGACAUGAAGGAGGACCUGCAGGUGGCGCUGUCUCAGGGCAGGAGGUUGUUGGAGUGUAUAAAUGAACCUCUGCAGGACGACCCCGAGUAUCACAUGACCCAGGACGAGAUGGAGAACCUGGUCACGGUGCAGAGGUUACUGGGGCAGCUGGACGAGACGGAGACGGCGUUUGAUGAUUUCUGGGAGAGACACCGGUUGAAGCUGGAGCAGUGUCUGCAGCUGCGCAACUUCGAGAUCAACUUCAGACAAGUGCGCUCUCACCUGUCGACCCUGUGGGAGCGAGUGUCCAGUUUCUCUGAGGUCACCGUGAGUCCGGCUCACGCAGAACACGUCCUGAAGGAACUGAGCCCCAUCGAAGACCGAGCCGCCGAGGUUCUGGACCUGGCCCGGUCUCUGGUCUCGGAGGGGGACUUCCUGAUCUCGAGUUCUCAUUACGCCGAGGACUCGAUUCGUCCCAAAUGUUUGGAGCUUCGCUCGGUCUGUGACGAGGUCGUGUCUGUGCUCAAGAACAAGAAGAACAGUGUUCAGAAAACUCUGGAGCUGCACCGGGCGCUCGAGAAGGAGCUGUUGAAGUACAGUAAAGGCUGCGAUGGCGCUGACGACCUGCAGGAGGCGCUCAACUCCAUCCUGGGAAUCCUCAAAGCCGUGAACGACUCCAUGCACCUGAUCGCCAUCACUGGAUACGAGGGGAACCUGUCAGAUCUGGGGCGUCUCCUGAUGCAAGGCUCCUUCAGCGUUUGGACAGAACAUAAAAAAGGUCACGCGAAGGUCAAAGACUUGGCUCGGUUCAAGCCGAUGCAGAGACACUUGUUCCUCCACCAGAGGGCGCUGCUGUUCUGCAAGAGACGAGAGGAGAGCGGAGAAGGAUACGAGAAAGCCCCGUCAUACAGCUUUAAACACUCGCUCAGUAUGAGCGCCGUGGGAAUCACAGAAAACGCCAAAGGCGACAAUAAGAAGUUUGAGAUUUGGUGCAACUCCAGAGACGAGGUUUUCAUCGUCCAGGCUCCGACGGCCGAGGUGAAAAGUGCCUGGGUGAACGAGAUCCGUAAAGUUCUGACGGAGCAGCUGCACGCCUUCAGAGAGGCGAGUCAACAGAAGAGCUCUGAAAUCAUGUCUCCAACGACGGCGUCCAACAGCCCCGUCUGCCUCAGUCCGUUCAGAAACACUCAGAAAAACCAGAAGAACAAAGAAGAGAAGAAGACGGAGCCCAGCGCCCCGACAGACUCUCCCAAACACAAAGCUGCAGAGGAGGUGACCAGCCCCACGUCGGAUCGAGCUGUGGCCAGAAAAAGAUUCACUUUACAGGGUUUCGGGAACCUCAAGAGCCCCAAAGUGGUGAGUCCCGAGCACACGUCCAAACGACACCUGGUGAAAAGUGACCCCACCCCUCUAGGGUUCAAAGGUUGGAGUAAGACGUCCUUGUCGGUGGACGUGUGUGAGGAGAACGACGGAUACUCGAGCGGAGAAGAACCUCUGAACUCAGACACGGAGGAAGACGGAGCCAAGAAACUGUCUCCGGGCAGAUACACUGUUGUGUGUGACUGUGAAAAAUCUGGAGGUCUGGACGUGAGUGUGAAGAACGGAGACACAGUACAACUCAUCAGAGAAGGACACGACGGACUCUGGUUUGUGAAGAACCUGCGCAGUAGUAGAGAGGGUUGGGUUUCUGCUGCAAACCUCCUCAGUCUCAUCUCCCAGUCCAAGUCCUCCCAGUCCCUCAGCAGCUCCGACGGCAGCGUCUCUGGGAACCUGAGCACCUCAUCGAGCUGCAGCGAAACCUACACCAGCUACUCCGACAUCAAACCCUGAACACACCUACAGCGGGUACUCCCACAUCAGCCCUACAGCGGGUACUCCCACAUCAAACAC